AUGGAGGGUCUUUUUAAAUGUUUCUUUAAAACUCUUCUAAGUAAGUACUCCAUUACUCAUAAAGUCUCUACACCAUAUCACCCCCAUACUUGUGGUCAAGUCGAAGUUUCUAACCACAAAUUAAGCAAAUAUCCAAAUCGUAAAGAUUGGUCUGCACAAUUAUUGGAUGCACUUUGGGCUUAUCGAACUGCUUAUAAGACACCCAUUGGUAUGUCUCUGUAUCGACUUGUCUAUGGAAAGGCAUGUCUACCGGUUGAGUUAGAACAUAAGGCCUAUUGGGACAUUAAGACUUUUAAUGUUGAUUUGUCUGCAACUGGGAAUCACCAUAAGCUUCAACUCAAUGAAUUGGAAAAGAUUAGGAAAGAUGCAUAUGAAAAUGCAACGCUUUACAAAGAGAAAACCAAAGUGUUUCAUGAUAAGUCGAUUAGUCGUAAGUCAUUUGAACCUGGGAAGAAAGUUCUCUUGUAUAAUUCUAGGUUGCAUUUAUUUUCGGGCAAGUUGAGAUCACGUUGGACAUGCCCAUACUAUGUCAAAGAAGUUUUCCCUCAUGGGUCUGUCGAGCUUGAGAAUAAAGAGUGUGGUAAUGUGUUUAAGGUUAAUGCAAAACGAGUGAAACCAUUUUUAGAGCUCAUCAAUACCAAGGUGGAAACUGUCCUCCUCGAAGAUCCGUCUAUCAAGACUAUAACUAUUUGGAUUCUUGUUGUUGUAUAUUAG